UCCUCCCAGCCUGUAGCUCUGCUGCCGGAGAGCCGCCGUGCAGAAAGCAGCCGGCCGCUCGCCUGGCAGGAGAGGAAGAGGAGGAGGAGGAGGAGAGGCUGCCAGAGACACAGGUUGUGUAAGAGGAAAAAGGUGAAAGAGGAGAGGAUUUCUGAGAGCAAACCACACGAGACCUGCUGCAGUAGGAUGAGCGGUGUGGACGGUGUUCCUCUGAAGAUGCCUCCCGCUGCCUUACAGGAGGUCCAGCAGCAGAUGGAGGUUUCGGUUCCUGACUACCUCACCAUCCUGCAGGAGACAGAGUACGAGUUCAGUCUGGAGAACUGGGUGCUGACGGGGCUGCAGAGCGGCUACAGCGGCUCGCCUCAUCCCGCCGCCACCGCCGCCUCCUCACCGUCAGGCCUGCAGCCGUCCUGCCCGCCGUACUGGCUGAUGUUCAGCAGCCCGCAGCAGAGCCGCCUGGCCAGCCGCCACAGCUCGGACUUCUGGGAGCCCAAUCCUCGCCAGCGAUCCCGCAGCCUGAACCUGGCCGUCCUGCGCAGCGCCGCCGUCUCCGAAUCGAAGGACGAAGGGGACGGCUGCGCGGGGAAGGCCAAGGCGUCUCGGCCAGAGGAAGCCUCCCCGGCCGCCUCGGGUCAGCCUGGCCCCAGGAAAGCUCAGAGAGCCUUCGUCCCAAACCUGCUGACCCCGCCCGCCUGCCUGAGCAGCCUGCCGCACCAACGCAGGAAGAACCUGCGGCAGUGCUCGCUCUCCUCGCUGGAGACCGCCAGCCGAGACCUGAAGACAGGCAGCCAAUCACAGAGCUCCUCCGCACACAGGCCGCCAAACACCAGAGCCAACACGGUGGACAGAGUCCCCACCAUCACCUACCAGCAGCCACAGGAGACGUCUGUGGCCCCCCCGAACCCCCUGGCCCCCCGGACCCCCAGCCCCUCCCUCUCCAGUUCGGACUCGACGGUGGAGCUCCUGUCGGCUCUGAGCCCUGAGGAGAGAGAGCUGCUGGGGGCGGUGACGGCCCGCGGGUACCCCCUGCACACCGCCAUCCUCGCCCUGCAGAAGACAGGCCAGCAGAGCCCAGAGCAGAUCCUGAGUUACCUGGUGGCGUGGGACCACCUGUGUGCGCUCGGCUACGACGAGGCUCAGGUGGAGGAAGCUCUCGAGAUGUUCCAGAACUGCGAGACAAAGGCCGCUGAGUUCCUCCAGCUCCUCCGUCAGUUUCAUGAGAUGGGCUUCCAGCAGAACGCCAUCAAGGAGGUGCUGCUCGUCCACGAGAACCACCGAGAGCGAGCCCUGGAGGAGCUGAUGAUGCACGUGGCAUGACGGCGGACACACACACACACACACACACUCGUACCUGCUUAAACUCCAACCUGUUAUUAAUUUGCAGGAAAACACUGACUUGUUGUUUGUUGUCACUCAUUAGCACUGAGCUGACGGUAUGAAGAGACGGGCAGUGGCCUUUACUGAGGAAAAACACAUCCCAUCGUUGUAAAAAAUGAACAGCCAUGGAUCAGUAAAAUGACCAAUAUUGCACAUUUUUGUUCAAUAUUUUGUUUAUUCAUGGAUAUUGAUAUUCUGUUAAUGUCUUAUUACACUGAGGGUUGGUUUCCCAGACGGGCUUUUAGCAUAAAGUCGCAGAUUAAAAUGUUCUUUUAAACUGGAAUAACUCUAAUUCACUCUCUGGGUCACUAAGAUAGUUCUGGAUUUACGACCAGAUGCUGAUGAGAAUAUUGUGAUUCUGGGCUCAAAUCACCAGGAUUUCCCUCUUACUAAAUUCAAGCGUAGAAGAAAAAAUUGUUUUCACAGUUUUUUCCUCAAAAAUUUAUGACUUUAAUCUUGAAAAUUCUGUUGGUUUUUUUUCCCAGAGUAUUACCCCCCUUCAUCUUGCUCCAUAUUUUUUACUCCCCUCGUUCAGGUGGAUUAUCACAGUCCAGCUAAUUUGAAACUAAGAUGUGUAUUGGAAGGUCUAUUAAGCCGUAAAUGCAGCAGAUAUUCCAGAUUAUGGCCUCGUCCUGUCUUAAUUAAACCUCCAUCUGGGAAACCAGCCCCAGGUGUUUAACUUACAAGUAAAUAUGUGUUUUCUAGCACGUGUUGAAUGUAUUUUUUAUUUGGACUGAUUUAUAACAAUCAAUACUCACUCUUAGCAAAUGAUAGCACAAGUUCGGAUUCAUACUGAACAUACUGUAUACUGAACAUGUAUUAUGAAUUUGUUGUUAUUAUAUUAUAUGAAAUAGUUUC